UCCCCGCGGCCACCUCCCGGCCGCCUCACCAUGGUGACCUACUACGAGGUGCUGGGCGUGCAGGCCGGAGCCUCCGCCGACGACAUCAAGAAGGCCUACCGCAAGCUGGCCCUGCGCUGGCACCCCGACAAGAACCCCGACCGCAAGGAGGAGGCCGAGAAGAAGUUCAAGCAGGUGUCCCAGGCCUACGAGGUCCUGUCCGACCCGAAGAAGCGCUCCCCGGCCUUCAUGGAGGCCUUCUCGUCCCUGGACGCCCUGGGCCCCGGCGGGGUCCGCGCCGCCUUCUCCUCCUCCAGCUUCGGGGGCUCGGGAGCGGGCAGCUCGGGCUUCAAGUCGGUGAUGUCGUCCACGGAGAUGGUCAACGGGCACACGGUGACCACGAAGCGCAUCGUGGAGAACGGGCAGGAGCGCGUGGAGGUGGAGCAGGACGGGCAGCUCCGCUCGGUGACCAUCAACGGCAAGGAGCAGCUCAAGCGGGUGGACAAGUGAGCGCCGCCCGCGUCCCCGUCCUGCUGAGCCGGGCUGGGCCUUGAGCUGAGAUCCUAGCUGAUUAAUAAAGUCCUGGCAGUGAGUUCA